ACUUUUUGUUUUUGUUGCUGGAGCAGUGCAGUGGUGCUUCUUGUGGAGUAAGAAAAGAACUUCUCUUACUGCAAUCCCUCGCAGCUCUGAACCCUAAUCAUCUUCCCCAAUUCACUUAGAUUUCGCCUCGAUUCAUCAAAUUCAUCAUCAUUUCUUCAAUAUCCAGUUUCAAUAACUUCUUCUGCAUUCAAAUCUCGAAAUUUAAAUCAAUUUCAGUCGCCAAUACAUCACAAUGACGCAAGAUGUGGAGAUGAAGGAUACUCAUCCACAAUCAAGUUCGAUUUCCUCUUCAGAUCCCCCUACUUUGAAGCAUUUGAAGGAGAUUGGGUCUUUGCUGGAGACGGGAUCGUACACUAAGGAAACACGUCGUAUUUCUCGAGCAAUUCGUCUCACCUUUGCUAUUCGUCGUAAGCUUACUGCUCGUGUGCUCAAUUGCUUCGUUGAUUAUGCUCUUUCUCCCGGUUCUGAAGCUCAUGGAAAAAUCACUGCUUUUCUUCCUAAGGGAGGUGAACAUGAGAUGGAAGUUGACACUGCAACCUCUGCUGUCCAACCUUCUGGGAAGAGUACUUUGCCAGAGCUGGAAAUCUACUGUUACUUGAUUGUACUAUUGUUUCUGAUUGAUCAGAAACUGUACAACAAGGCCAAAUCCUGUGCUUCUGCAAGCAUUGCUUGUCUGAAGUCUUUGAAAAGAAGGGUUGCUGAUGUUCUGGCAUCUAAACUAUAUUCUUUCUAUUCACUGAGUUAUGAACUUACUGGUGAUCUUGCUGAAAUCCGUGGUGAACUAUUUGCUCUACAUCGUUUGGCAACCUUACACCAUGAUGAACUUGGCCAGGAAACACUUCUCAACCUGUUGCUCCGCAAUUACUUGCAUUACAACUUAUAUGACUUAGCUGAAAAGCUUAGGUCUAAGGCACCGAGUUUUGGGGCACACUCGAAUCAACAGCAUUGUCGACACCUCUUCUAUGUUGGAAAGAUUCAGACGAUUCAGCUGGAGUAUACUGAUGCAAAAGAAAGCCUUCUUCAGGCUGCUAGGAAAGCACCUGUUGCAGCCCGUGGCUUCAGGAUUCAGUGCAACAAAUGGGCUGUGAUAGUAAGGUUACUGUUGGGGGAAAUACCUGAACGAACGAUUUUUAUGCAGAAAGGCAUGGAAAUGGCCUUGCGUCCAUACUUUGAGCUUACAAAUGCUGUUCGAAUUGGUGACUUGGAGCUGUUUAGAAAGGUUACUGAAAAAUUCUCUUCUACCUUCGAUAAAGACCGCACUCACAAUUUGAUUGUUCGCCUGCGGCAUAAUGUUAUCAGGACUGGAUUGAGAAACAUCAGUAUUUCCUAUUCCCGCAUCUCACUUGCUGAUGUUGCGACGAAGUUGAGGUUAGAUUCUCCAAAUCCAGUUGCAGAUGCUGAGAGCAUCGUGGCCAAAGCCAUUCGUGAUGGUGCAAUAGAUGCAACAUUGGAUCACAAGAAUGGUUGGAUGCUAUCGAAAGAAACUGGUGACAUUUACUCGACUACCGAGCCACAAUCUGCUUUUGACUCCAGAAUUGCAUUCUGUUUGAACAUGCACAAUGAAGCAGUAAGGGCUCUACGUUAUCCUCCUAACUCGCACAAGGAGAAGGAGAGUGCCGAGAAGAGGAGGGAACGUCAGCAACAAGAGCAGGAAUUAGCCAAACACAUUGCUGAAGAGGAGGAUGACGAUUUUUGAUUUGUUUCCGUAGAUCAAGUUAAAAACAUACUUUGUAGGUGCUUCAAUCAGCCCGUCUUGUUUACAUUCAAGUACAUUUUAGUCUGUGACAACUUUCCUUGGUUUUUCAUUGCCAGUGAAUUACAUGUAGAAGUGCCGACUGAUGCAUCUUUCAUACUCUUGGCUACAAUACUUUGUUGAUGGUAGUUGAAAGGUUUCACAGAUUUGCUUUGUGGUUUGAAAUUAAGGCUUGAAAUUUAGAAUGAAAAUUAUUCAUGUUAUAAAACUUUUAUUUCCUCGUA